CACACACAAACACACACAACCGAAAGGAAGAAGGCAAAUCUGCCUUGCUCACGCCAUUGCCACCCGCUGCUGAAGACGAAAGCACUUUCUUUCAGUUCUUUCUUUGGAUGAGUUAUCCGCGCCGGUAGGGUCCUUGGCGCGCACGGGCUGCGCGUUGGGAAGCAUUACCGGAGGGGCGUGCGCACGGUCGCCAAACUUGGCUGGUUUGUGUUCGUAAAGGCGUUUAAGGAAAGGACAGUCACGAUGUUGGGCAGCGGCGGAACGUACGCCAGCAAGAAACGCAAGAAGCCCGUCCAGAAAAUACCCAAGCCUCCCCCGCUCGAUGGAGCCAAGUCGAACCCGUCGAAGCGGCACAGAGACCGGCUGAACAUGGAGCUGGACAAGCUGACCAACCUGCUGCCCUUCUCGGAGGACGUGCGUUCGCGCCUGGACAAGCUCUCUGUGCUCAGGCUCAGCGUUGGCUACCUGAAGGUGAAGAGCUUCUUCAGCGCCACUAUGAAGAAGACCGUGGGCGGAGCCGGGGGCUGGCCCAUGGACAGAGCAGGACCUUUGGGUGGAAAUGGCCAGAUAACCAGCAGCCUGGAUGGAGUGAACUUCUCCGAGGGGGAGUUGCUGCUGCAGGCUCUGAAUGGCUUUGUGCUGGUUGUAACAGCUGAAGGCUAUGUGUUCUAUGCUUCACCAACUAUACAAGACUACCUGGGCUUCCAUCAGUCAGACGUGGUCCAUCAGAGUGUGUUUGAGCUGAUCCACACAGAUGACCGGGCCAUGUUUCGACGACAGCUACACUUCGCCCUCAACCCCGCGCGCUGUGACCUCACCGAAGACGAUGGUCUGCUGAGCAGCAGCGACAUCACCAGCAACGUGACGACCUACAGCCCGCAGAAGCUCCCGCCGGAGAACUCCUCCUUCCUGGAACGGAGUUUCUGCUGCCGCUUCCGCUGCCUCCUCGACAACUCCUCCGGCUUCCUGGCCCUUAACUUCCAGGGCCGAUUGAAGUACCUUCACGGCCAGAACAAAAUAGCGGAGGACGGCACCGUGGUCCACUCCCAACUGGCCUUGUUCGCCAUAGCCACGCCGCUUCAGUCUCCUUCCAUCCUGGAGAUACGCAGCAAGACUCUCAUGUUCCAGACCAAGCACAAGCUGGACUUCACCCCCCUGGGCAUAGAUACCAGGGGGAAGGUGGUACUGGGUUAUACUGAGAUCGAGCUGUGUAUGAGGGGAACAGGAUACCAGUUUAUCCACGCUGCUGACAUGAUGUACUGCGCUGACAACCACCUGCGGAUGAUCAAGACAGGGGAGAGCGGCUUGACGGUUUUCCGGCUCCUGUCAAAGUCGGGGACGUGGAUCUGGGUGCAGGCCAACGCCAGGCUUGUCUUUAAGGGGGGACGUCCGGACUUCAUCGUGGCUCGGCAGAGAGCCCUGACUAACGAGGAAGGCGAGGAGCACCUCCGCCAGCGGAAGCUUCAGCUGCCCUUCUGCUUCGCCACCGGCGAGGCCGUCCUCUACGAGACGGGGCCUCCGACGGACACAGGCAGGGCCCCCGGCCCGCCCCGCGAGCCCCCCGCCACGGCCCCCGGCUCCCUUCUCGACUCCUCGCUCAAGCAGGACCAGUCGGUCUUCCAGCCUGGCGAGGACCCCGCCAGCUCCUUCUGCCUGGAAAGGGCCUUCCAAGACAGCCACGCCCUGCUCACCGUCCCCAGCAACCCCUGGCAGCCCGCGGCGGUGAGUGGGACAGGGACGGACCCCGGGGCGGCCGGCGACGUCAAGGAGGAGACGGCGGUGCGGGAGAUGAUGGAGAGCCUGCAACAGAUCAUUGACGACAGCAGCCUGUGCGGAGACCUGUCUGAGCUACAGGUGGACCAGCGAGAGCUGAAGGACUGGGAGAACACGCUGCUGCGCAUCACCAGCCUCAACAGCGGCGAGAUGCCCGUGGAGCUCAGCAACAUCGUGGCCGACGACAUCUUCUCCUACGUGGAGGACAUGCUGUUCAAGGAGGGCAUGGCCGGCCAGACAGAGCAGCUGCCCGAGUGCCUGACCGACCUGCAGCUGCAGGGGGGCCUAGGUGACUUCCAGGGGCGGAGGGACCCAGGGGGUUUCCCGGGCAACGAGGACAGCCUGACGGGACGCGGGACCUUGGAGCUCACGCGCGCCGGGCCAGAGAUGGCUCUCGGACAGCGGGAGGUGCCGGAGGACGGGUUCGCGGACCCGCUCGUGAGCCUGAGCGGGUUCCUACCGUUUCCCGGGCCAGAGCGCAACCAGGCCGGGCUAGCCCAGCAGGGCGAGCUGACAGGCAGAGUCCAGAAUCAGGCGCUGUACCCGGACAACGCAGGACUGCCCAACCUUCAGAACCAAGCCCAGCCAAUGGGCUUCCACAACCACAACUCCCUGCCGGUCAACCAGCCAAUCAGGCCAAGCAGUCAGUGGGAGGGGUCCACACCCUGCGGCGAGACCCAGGCCCAGAAUGUCCCUCUAAACCCCACUCCCACUUCCUGCCUCCAGGGACAGUUUUCCCUCCAGCACAUGUCCAGGGGAGCCCCAGCGUGGUCUCAGCCUCUUCAGCAGGCUCUGACCACAGUACCUAACGUUCCAAAAAUCCCCAGCGUUCCAUACGUUCCCGGCGCUCCGAACGUUCCCGGCGUUCCGAACGUCAGCGGCGGCCACCACCGUAUCCUCUACAACCAGCCAGCAGACGUCCAGGGAGACACGUUCGCUCAGCUACUGUUGCACACCAACCACAGCUCAGUCCAGCAGUCCAACUCCCACCCGCAGGCCACCGCUAACGCGGCCUACGGCCAGCGAGCGGCGUUUCCGCAUACCGCUGCUAAUUCGCUCUAUGGCCAGCAGGAGGCACUCAUGCAGCCCCGCGCAAGUGCGGUAUACGGCCACCAGGGGGAGGCGGUCGGCGUCUCUUCCUCUGCGCCGACCAGCAGCUGCAUGUUCGACAGGGCGCCCGUGAACGGGCUGCGCUACGCCUCGAUGGGGCCGGAAGCCACGAUCUCGGCCUGCCAAAAGACGAAAGGGUUCGAGAUGGCGAACCUGCCGCAGGGGCCGUGCCUCUACCAGAGAGCGCCGGGCGAGGGCGUCAGUAACGGCAUGGCCCUGCCACCAGAGGGCGCCAUCCCCAGCCUCGUGCCGCUGGACCCAGAAAACAUACUCCAGCAGCAGCAGUUCCUCACCUGCAGCAGCCAGACACAGGUCAGAAACCGUCCAAUCAAGAACGGGUCUUCCCAUUUUCCCUCCCGGCCUUGCUUACCCAACAACCACCAAAACAGUAACUAUUAGAGCACGCCCGUCCGCCGGACCCACAGACUUCCGAGCAGUACUCUCCUUCCAGUGGAGAAAAAGGAGACAUGUCCCUCUGGAGACACCGUACACACUUCUUCAGUUUCACGUUCAGCUGCUUUUGUUUUUGGUUUUUUAUGAACAAGAUGUAAGGCAGCGUUGGCGCUCUGUCAAACAAACCUAUGAAGCCCUACCACACCUUUAUUCCUUCAUUCAUUCAUUCAUUCAUUCAUUCAUUCAUUCAUUCAUUCAUCCAUUCAUUCACUCCCUGCCUGGAGAGAACAGAACUAUGGGAAAGGACAUAUUUAUUUUCACAUUUCAUACAUUUCCCUCGUCUCUGGUUUACGUUCAUACUUUGUGUUUGUUUCUUUCUCGAGAUAAACAAGAGUAAUGGACAGGCAAGGAGUGUGCGCGUGUGUGCGCGCGCAUGUGUGUGUGUGUGUGUGUGUGUGUGUGUGUGUGUGUGUGUGUGCGUGCGUGUGUGUGUGCACGAUUUGUGCGCUGUAUGUGCACUGUGUUUGCACCCGUGUACACAGGCGCGCACGAAUGGGUGGGUGUGUGUGUGUGUGUGUGUGUGUGUGUCAGCGAGGAGACACCCAGAGCUCACUUAUGAAGUAUGCAGUAGAAAAGGUGGAACCUUUUCACAGUAGGGACAAGAUUCUGGGGAACGCCAUGUAAGGCGCACAGCCGUCUUUCUAUUUAUUUUCGAAAGUUCAGACUCCAAAAGGGAAAUGCUGAGCACCCCUCGUCUGCUCCCUGGGAAUCGACUCUCCGUGCACUUAAGAAGGUGAAGUACACACCUGUAAAACAGACAAACAAUUUGUUAGAAUUUUUUUAAAGGAAAAGUACGUCAUAUCCAAAGAUAAAGCCACCUGCACUUCGCCCGUUCUGCGCCGCCCCGGGAGCUUGACUGCCGCAAGAACGCCACGGCAACCGGAGCUUGACUGACUGCCACAGUGAAGCAGACCUCCCCCGAGUACUGUUUUGGAUUGAAGUUGAACAGGGGAAGACCCCCACUAAACCCGGUGGUCACAUGCUCUCGGAGGCCCAGACACUCGAGUCCAGGAGCUUGACACUAUAAUCUUCUGUUCCCAGAGCAGAAAGAAAAGAGAGGAAAAGCACACCCCAGCAAAUGUGUUUUUGGAACCCGAAUUGCACUUUAGACGGACCCCUCUGGAUGAAUUCAUCGCAGCGAACGAGACGCGAGAAGUGUGGAAACUGUGAACAGGGAUAUCUCGGCUGGGUUCUGGCCAGCCACCACAGUCUCCCUCUCCGGAACAUUCUCCCCCACCCGUUUUAUCACAAUGAUCCAAAAUCAUGACGCAGAACGUCAUAUAUUCAUUCUGCUUGUGGGGUUUUUUGCCUUAUAUAUACGCUUUUAUAUUUUUAUAAGCAUUUAAUCAAAUGUGUUAAUGAGCCUUUUUUUUUUUUUCAUUUCUGCUUCUUACUGAUGAACACUCUUGUGCCCACGUUCUCCGACGCUCCCGCCACAGUGGCACCCGACCCCGC